GAGACGAUUGUCACCAUGUUGGCCAGGCUGGUCUAGAACUCCUGACCUCAGGUGAUCCACCCACUUCAGCCUCCCAAAGUGCUGGGAUUACAGGCCUGAGCCACCGUGCCUGGCCUCAGAGAGUGUUUCGGAUUUACAUUUUCAGGAAAGGGGGAGACAGCGGCUCACCACUAUCCCCGCUUCCAGGCAGCCUCGGAAACCGAGGAGGAAACAUCACACCUUUGGUGCUUCCCAUCCCUGGAGGGAGGGGCCUCAGGAACUUCACAGCCAGGGCUCAAGUCUGGGCACAGUGACCUCUGGGCAGAAGAGGCUCUCCCUGACCUGCCAGGUUGAUUCCAGGUCAGUUAAUGCCUGGGGAACUUGGCAAGACGCCAUCUCUACAAAAAAUACAGAAGUCAGCCGGGCAUGGGGGCACCUAUAGUCCCAGCUACUCGGGAGGCUGAGGCUGGAGGAUCGCUUGUGCCAGGGAGAUAGAGGCUGCAGUGAGCCGAGAUCGCGCCACUGCACUGCAGCCUGGACGACAGAGGGGGCCCUGUUUCAAAAAAGAAAAAACUGGUGUGCCCAUGUGGUCGCCGCUUAGUCAAGGCCGUGUCUUCAGCUCUGGGGGGGCGGGAGGUCACUGGAGGUGUGGGGCCGCCCGUCCUGGCGUCCCUCUGGGUGAACAGCACCUGCUCCCGGAGGCACAACCCGGGUCGGGGUCCCUCGGGAGGAGGGUUCUUGCCGGGCUCUGCUCCUCGCCGGCCGGGCAGAGGUGACCGGCUCCGCACCCGGUCUGGAGAGGGCUGCGCUGGGUCGACGCUGACGUUACUGCUUUUACUUACUACUGUAACAGCGUUACUGAGCGCAGAGCACGUAUCACAAAGCUCACCCGUUCCGAGAGUCACUGACGUUUAGUAACUUCACCGAGAGUGGCAGACCAUCCCCACGACUGUAGGACCUGUUCAUCACCCCAGAAAGAACCACGUGCCCACUCAACUCCCGACCCCACGCCGGGGCCCGGGAACGCGGCCGCCUCGCUCGCCCACGCACCUGCGGCUGCCGGGCCCUGCCGGGCCCAGCGCUCGGCGGCGCCCCCGGGAAGACUGCGGUCCGGGCCCUGGGUCCCCGUCCAGAGGCGCCGCUGCCGCGGUGAGCACGUCAGGCCGGGUCUUGAGCUCGCGCCGGCCGCGCUCCCCGCCUCUCGAGCUGUGGCGGCCGCGUCCCCGGGCGGAAGGCUCAAGCUCGGUGACGCCGCGGGGUCCCAAAACCUCACCGCCUUCGCUGACUCAGUGGCGACCCAAGGGUCCGCCCCGCCGCCGCCGGACGGAAGUCCCGCCCCCGCCCCGGAAAGGAAGUUCCGCCCCGCCGAGCGCCGAUUGGCCGCACCGCCUUGGGGAGGACGCGCCCAGGACUACCCCACCGCCUCCGCCGAGGUUUCUGCGGUAGCAGGCGGCAAAGCCUGCGAAGGGCUUUCGUUUCCAAGACUCAGCCGCCUCGCCACUGCCCGAGCGCGGCUGCAUCCCGCCGUCCGUCCACGCGUUGAAGGGGCGGCUCCAACCUGGACUUCCGAGCCCCUGAUUGGCGAGCGUGCAGGAAAGGGGCGGGGUUAGCAGAGCCGUGAUGGACGUGCAAGCGGCCCAAUGGCGCCGGCCGGCGAGGGGGCGGUCGAGGACAACGGCGUUGUGGGCCGGGGGCGGGGCAGCCGGUGGCUCUGGGAUUUCUCUGGGAGGCAGCCGCAGGGAACGGAAUGAACCUGGUGAACUUGUAAUUGAAUCAAUGGUUCCGGGAAAGCAGGAGGCGAGUGGCCAAUGGCGACGGCGAUGAGGCAGGCGUCCGCUGUCUCCGCAACGCCGUGUGGGAAAGGGAGGGGCGGUCAUGACAGACGGGCGAACAGGCCAAUGGCUGAGGGAAAGAGAGCGGCGAGCGACCUAUGGUGACGACGGGAAGGCAGGGCGGGGCGUCGAAGAGGCGGUGCGACAGGAGGCCUCGGGGCGCCGUGUAGGACGCGGUGAAGGCGGGGCAACCGUGACGGACGGGCGGAUGGGCCAAUGGGUUUGGGAGGGCGGGCGAAGGGUGGCCAAUGGCGGCGGCGCGGCCGGGGGCGGGGCAGCGCGGCGGCGCUGGUGGUGCGGGAAGCGGCGGGGCGGUGGCGAUCCUGAGGCGGCCGGCGCGGGGCGCGGGCGGCGCGGCCAUGGGCUCGCAGGGCAGCCCGGUGAAGAGCUACGACUACCUGCUCAAGUUCCUGCUGGUGGGCGACAGCGACGUGGGCAAGGGCGAGAUCCUGGAGAGCCUGCAGGACGGCGCGGCCGAGUCCCCCUACGCCUACAGUAACGGUGCCCUCUGUGUUUCCAGCUUCCACGUUUCUGCAGGUCUCUCCGCGGGGCGGUGGAUGCCGGUGGCAGGGAGGCCCCUUCUGUGCAGGGCUGGCUGCUGCAGCAUGGCCCAGAGCUCCUUCAGCUCACACCAGAUCACUUACUUGCCUGUCUAGCACGUUCCUCAGACAGGUGUGUGAGCGUACGUUGCUCUCUCCAGCUUCACAAACAAAUGAGUCAUCAAAGUGACCUUUUUCUUAGUACUGGCACCUGAGGCAGUGGCGUGUGACUGCACGCCCAGCACCUGUGGAGCCCCUGUGAGCUCCUCCAUGUCCCCUAAUGCGGGUGUGCGCUGGCUUUCUGGGUCUCUACGUCUGGAAAGGUUUUCCUUUCUUUGACACCCAGCAGUGAUCUUCGGGAGUGCUUCAUGCUCUCCUCAGGACCAAACAGAGCCCUUUGCAUAGAGUGCCUCUGAGUGAUGGUGGUGAGUUACCCAGCAGGAAUUACGCUUCAUCCGGGAGUGUGGGUGGCGCACGGUGGGGAGGAGGCAGCUUCAGUUUGGGAGCGAACCUGCAGUCAGGCUCCAGGGUGUGGGCCAGGGUGGUGGGCCCAUGUUGGCCCUGAGGAACCACCCUCAUGGGGUGCACACCCCUCCCCCAAGCCCAGGAAGCAUCCUGCUGUGGCCAGGCCCGCUCCUGCUCUGUGAAGGGCAUGGAAGGUCCUGGAUUAAGGCAGUUCCUCCCUCUGUACCUUGUCCCCUACAAACCUUCCUGGGAGCGCGUUUGCCUCCAGCCACGUUUGUCAGGGUUUGUGUGCCCAGAUCCUGGAAGACUUCAGAAGGGGUUAAUCCUCUUGACUUUAUUUCUCUCUCUGCUCCUUUGGGAGUCAGUGUUGGUGGAAGCUGCUGAGUGACACUCCAGUCCUUUGAGCCCGGCAAGUGGUGAGGAGAAAUGGAGGGAGGCAGUUGUGGACAUAGCAAGGCUAACAUCGCAGUUUGCUGUGGACGUUGGGGUCUGAUGGCCACUGAGAUGUCUGCGGGGCCACACUCUGCCUGCUGUGCCCAUGGGAGCGAGGGCACCCUGUGUGGGAGUCCCAGCUUCUUCGGCAUCACAACUCCCUGAGAUUUCUCCAAACAAUUACAAACGUUUCUUCUCAUCUGACUUGACAUUCACGGCUCCAAAGUGGCCAAUUCCAGGGGAAACUAUCUUCAGAGGCUCCUCUGUGUUUCACUGUCCUGAGUGAAAACCACGUGUGUGUUGUCGGCUGCUUAUCCCCAGGGCUCGCUGAGGCUUUUGCGGGAGGUUCUAGCUGUGUGUCUUUAGGUGACUGGACAGCCGUGCAUGGCUUCCCUGUGCCUGCUGUUGGUGUUGGGCACCACUGCAGCCAGGAGUCCCUUCUCUUCCCCUGCACUUGAUUGGGUUUUGCUCGUUUUCUUUUUUUUCUUUUUUGAGAUGGGGUCUUACUUGUACCCCAGGCUGGAGUG